AUGAUAGUUCUACAGUUAGAGCCACAGCGCAAUCAAAGGCACUCAGGGCCACGCCCUGGAAUUGUUUGUGGACCAGACUGGGCCUCCGCCACUGCGAAGUACGCCUCCAUAAUUCGAGGUGUUUUGUGGAACUUGUCGUCAUGCGACGCCCUGAAGAUGCCCAUCAUCCAGGAUGCCCUCGCCGUGCUGACCAACGCUGUGAUCAUCCCCCACUCGGGCUGGGACACGUCCCCGCAUACACAGGAGGACCGCAAGCUGCACCUCCACUCCUCCCAGGUCCUCCGCAACGCCACAGGCUGCCUCCGGAAUGUGAGUUCUGCAGGCGAGGAGGCCCGGCGGAGGAUGAGAGAGUGCGAGGGCCUGACAGACGCUCUGCUCUACGUCAUCCAGACCGCUCUGGGGAGCAGUGAGAUCGACAGCAAGACUGUAGAGAAUUGCGUGUGCAUCCUGAGGAACUUGUCGUACCGUCUGGCCGCAGAGACGUCUCACAGCCAGCAGGGGGGGUCGGAGGAGCUGGACGGUCUGUUGUGUGACACCAGCGGCAAGGACGCAGAGAGCUCCGGAUGCUGGGGCAAGAAGAAGAAGAAAAAGAAGGGGCACGACCAGUGGGACGGCGUCGGCCCAUUUCCAGAAUUGGCGGAACCCCCGAAGGGCAUCCAGAUGUUGUGGCACCCCACCAUCGUCAAGCCCUACCUCACACUGCUGUCGGAGUGCUCCAACCCAGACACCCUGGAGGGAGCAGCUGGGGCUCUGCAGAACCUAGCUGCUGGCAGCUGGAAGUGGUCGGUGUAUAUCCGGGCCGCAGUGCGUAAGGAGAAGGGCCUUCCCAUCCUGGUGGAGUUGCUGAGGAUAGACAACGACCGAGUGGUUUGUGCCGUGGCCACCGCGCUGAGAAACAUGGCUCUGGACAUCAGGAACAAGGAGCUCAUUGGUAAGGUACAUAGUCCCAAAGUCGUGAAAGCAGCAUCUCAAGUCCUGAACAGCAUGUGGCAAUACAGAGACCUCCGCAGCCUCUACAAAAAGGACGGCUACUCCCAAUACCAUUUCGUCGGCUCCUCCUCCACGAUAGAGAGGGACAGACAGCGCCCUUAUUCUUCCUCUCGCACUCCGUCCAUCUCUCCCGUACGGACCUCACCCAACAAUCGAUCAGCGAGCGCCCCUGCUUCCCCCAGGGAGAUGGUGGCGCUGAAGGAGAGGAAGGCAGACUACGAGUCGACUGGCAAUGCCAGUUACCAUGGCAACAAGGGCGAACACAUAUCCCAGAAAGACGCCAUGAUGGGUCAAAUCUCCAGUGGGUCUUCCACGCUGCACAGAGGAGCAUACGUGUCGCCCACUGAUGACCUGAAGUACAACCAGAUCUCAUCUCAAGGCCUGCCUUCAGAGCCCUACCCUCCUUUCCAAAACCCUCCCCCGCCUGAAAGCGUCAACUACGAGGACCAGGCCUUCUACGAGAACCAGGUUCACGCGGGAGUGCGCGCCCCGCAUGGUGACCUCAACAUGCACCUUCAGGGCCUCAAGUCCACCGGCAACUAUGUAGACUUCUAAGGGAGACAAGGGUGGAGGAUCAGCAGCACAAGGAGAGGAUGGAUGGUGAAGUGGGUAGUUUAAGAAGAGGUGUAGAGAAGAUGAGAGGACAGGUCCCCCAUCCUACUCUGUAGUUCCUGAGUAGCAUCAUAGAUAGCAGGACGAUGGUGGGAAAGGAUGGAGAGCAGGAGAAAAUAUAAGAUAUUAAAACUCCUCUCAGACAUCUGAGGGAGAGGGGACAAAGGAGGAACAGAAGCGAACGGAGGAGUGGCCAUGCAUGUGCAUGCACACCACCACCAAAACUGACGGACACGUUUUCUCUCUGUGUUUAGUUUGUGAUCAACUACUGCGAGAAAGUUCAGCAGAACAGAAAGACCUCCUGCGCCCGAAGGCCUCCGGAUACAGAACGUAAGAGGGACGGACACAACGAAAAAGAACGUGGAGGGGAACGAUGGAAGUGUGUAUGGAGGUGAAGAAGGACAAUGAAAAGAGAACAAUUAAUCGCUGGACUCAAAGAGUGGAAAAGCUUUUUUGGGGGUUUGCGAAAUGGAACGUGUAAGAGCACCCGGGAGAAAACCUGUAAAUAUGUGGUAUAGCAACAUGGCUUUUAGUAAUGUGAAGCACAAGAAGCAGAGCUGUAGGACAUGUAGGACGUCUGUCACACAAAUCUUUGUUUCUCUCUGUGGCUCCAGUGUGAUGUAUCGUCCUCUGGGUGAAGAGCGCCUCUGGACUGGUCAUUUGUAACUUAUUGUAAUUAUUGUAAACUUGUCAUUUAUUUUCUUUUUCUUUUGUUGUGUUUCUACUUUUUUUAUUCUCGAUUCUGGUUGUAUAGUAUUUGAUGUACACUGUACAUUUAACGAGAUGCAUUGUGUACUGUACAUUGCACUACUUUCUGUGUCAUGUCGGGCCUCUUUUGCCAUUGGUUCAACCUCACGUCCUCACUAACUAUCCCCCACCGUAAACACACACACACACGAUUCCUGCACUUUUUCAGAACUCAUGUUAAAAGGUCCCGACUUCGUAUAUCGAUAACAAACGAUUGAUCAUCGGCCACGUGACGGAGAACAACCACAACUUAGAUUCUUGAAUUUCAUGGAUUCUUGCAUGGAAAAAAACAUUUCUGAUUAAUUGGUUUCAUUAUGCUACAUAGCAGAACAAUUUCACCCAUGAAUGCAUGAUCAUUUGUUGUCAGUAAAUCUGAAACUAAA